AUGGUGGAAGAUUCGGGUGGCAUUAGUAGUAUUUGGAUCGGAUCAACUUUAUAUAUCGUGACGGUAGAUCCGGAAGAUGUUCAAAAAAUUCUAGAAAAUAGCCUUCAAAAAGAUUCAUCAUAUAGAUUUCUGAAGGAAUGGCUUGGAAAUGGUCUUUUUGUAGCACCAGUGGAACUAUGGAAAGUACAUCGACGCGUCCUCUUACCCAUAUUUCACAAUCGCAUCAUCGAAGAUUAUAUUGACGUUUUCGGCGAGCAGGGCACCGUGUUGGUAGAACGCAUGCAAGAGCAAUUGGGCAAACCUGAGUUCGAUGUUUUCAAAUAUAUUACAUCGUGUAUGCUGGACAUUGUAUUCGAAACUGCAAUGGGAGAAAAAAUGGAUGUUCAACAUAACCCUGACACGCCAUACCUGCGCGCACGCAAUACUGUCAUAUCGAUCAUCGGUAUGCGGUUGUUCAAGGCGUGGAUGCAACCCGAUGCCCUUUUUAAGCUUACAUCAUAUUCGAAGUUACAAAAAGAAAAUAUAGACUUAACUCAUAAAUUCACGGACGAGGUUGUGAAGAAAAAGAGAGCAUUAUUUGAGCAACAUGGGAAUGUUUGUAAGGAAGGUCGUCGGGAUCUUCUCGACCUAUUAUUGGAUAGAGAGAUUAAAUUCACAGACGAAGAACUACGCGAGCAUAUAGACUCUAUCACGAUCGCUGGUAACGAUACCACAGCGCUAGUUAUAUCGUACGCUCUACAAUUGCUCGGCAGUCAUCCGGAAGAACAGGAGAGAGCUUAUAACGAGAUACAAAAAAUAUUCGGGGACUCAAACCGUACGCCUACGAAAGAUGAUAUGAAUAAAAUGGAAUUUCUAGAAAGAGUGAUCAAGGAAACUAUGCGAUUAUACACUGUUGUACCAAUUAUAGGAAGAAUGACUCUAAAGGAACUUAAGCUUUCUAAAUGCACAGUUCCAGCAGGAGUAGGCUUUGGUAUUUUACCAUCUAUGAUGCACAGAUCCAAAAAAAUUUGGGGACCUGACGCGGACUAUUUCAACCCGGACAGAUUCCUACCGGAAGCCAACGCGCGGAGACACCCUUGCGCGUUCAUACCGUUUAGUUUUGGGACUAGGAAUUGCAUCGGUUUCGAAGUCUUAAGCAUGGAUUUUGGGAACCCUCCUCCGAAUAUGGGAAUGCCUCCGCCCGGCAUGGGUGGGCCGAUGGGCCCAAUGGGCCCGCCGGGCGCGCUGGGUCGAAACAACAUUCGCCAUAAUUUUAGGCCUUUCAACUAUCAGAUGCGAUUUCCACCUCAAGGUCCUCUAAAUAUGACUCAAGACGACUUCGAUGGUAAACGUUUACGUAAAUCGGUUAUGCGUAAAACUGUAGAUUAUAAUUCAUCAAUUAUUAAGGCUUUAGAAUGUCGUGUGUGGCAAAGGGACUGGCGGGAUAGGCAUGCGUUACAACCGGAUGCUAUGUAUACACCUGAUUUAUUACCACCACCUUCAUACCCCGAUAAUCCUAUCAAUGCUGUUACCACUCGAUUUGUCAAGACUGCCACUAAUAAAAUGAGAUGCCCUAUUUUUGCUGUUGCCUGGACACCAGAGGGUCGAAGACUUAUUACAGGUGCUUCAUCUGGAGAAUUCACAUUAUGGAAUGGAUUAACAUUUAAUUUUGAAACUAUUCUUCAAGCUCAUGACUCUCCUGUGAGAUCAAUGGUAUGGUCCCAUGGCGAAGGUUGGAUGGUGACAGGAGAUCAUUCUGGAUUUAUCAAGUACUGGCAAAGUAACAUGAACAAUGUAAAAAUGUAUCAGGCUCAUAAGGAAGCCGUAAGAGGCAUUAGUUUUAGUCCUAGUGAUUCUAAAAUUGUUACAUGUUCAGAUGAUGGUACUCUGCGUAUAUUUGAUUUUUAUAGAUGUCAAGAGGAAAGAAUAUUAAGAGGACAUGGUGCUGAUGUAAAAUGUGUGCAAUGGCACCCCACAAAAGCCCUCAUUGUGUCUGGUAGUAAAGAUAAUCAGCAACCAAUCAAAUUAUGGGAUCCUAAAUCUGGUACAGCCUUAUCUACUCUUCAUGCUCAUAAAUCUACUGUAAUGGAUCUAAAGUGGAAUGAUAAUGGUAAUUGGCUAAUAACUGCAUCUCGAGACCACUUAUUAAAAUUAUUUGACAUUCGUAAACUUGGAACAGAAUUACAAAUAUUUAGAGGCCAUAAAAAGGAAGCUUCUAGUGUUGUCUGGCAUCCAACUCAUGAGGGUCUAUUUUGCUCAGGCGGUUCAGAUGGAUCUAUACUAUUUUGGAAUGUUGGCACUGAUAAAGAAGUUGGAUGCAUUGAAGGGGCUCAUGAAUCAAUAGUUUGGACCAUGGCGUGGCAUCCACUUGGUCACAUUUUAUGCUCUGGAUCGAAUGACCAUACUUCUAAAUUUUGGACUAGAAAUCGCCCCGGUGAUCAAAUGAGAGACAAAUAUAAUCUUAAUACAUUGCCACCUGGAGUUCAAGAUGAUACAGAGCUUGAGGAACCAGCAGCUAUACCUGGAAUGGGUCCCGAAGAUAAGGUUGAGAUAUUUUCUUCUGAUACAGAUAAAGUAAUUCCUGGUUUAGAUUUAGAUACUACAUUUAUACCAAUGGAUUUUGAAAAGAAAGUAAAGAAAGUACCUUAUAGUAAACCUAUACCUAGAAAUUUCCAAGUUCAAUGGAAUCAUGGUCCUACUGUUGAUGAUGCAGCCACAGAAGCAUUAACACAAGCAUUAGUAGAAUCUGUGCCUGGUGCUGUACCUCUUCAACAACUUAGUCCUACUGCUAUCUUUAUAUAUGGUAAGUUAAUUCCUGUAGAACCUAACUCAAAACUUGAAAAAGCUAUAACUGAUGGACCCAUAGCAUUAAAAAGAUAUAUAGCUACAGGGGAAAUUGAAGAACUUGAUGACAUGAUGCCUCACUUAGAAGAAGAUGCUGAUGAUGAAAAUUUCCCUCCAUUUGAAUAUCCUACUCAAGAAAAUAAUGAAGAUGAAAAUGAAACUUCUGAGAAAGAUGAAAAGAAAGACAAGGAAGACUAUGAGAAGGAAGAAUACUUUGAUAACGAAAUGGAAACAAAUGAACAAAAUCAGGAGGACUAUAAUUAUGACAAUGGCUCUGACAUGAAUAAUAUGAUGCCAAUGGGCCCAAUGCCACCUAUGGGAUUAUUGAGACCUCCAAUGAAUAUGGGACCUAUGAGACCACCCAUGGGUCCUCCUCCAAUGCAUUCUAUGCAUAUGCCACCUCCAGGAAUGCCACCAAUGGGUGUUUUGCCACCAAUGGGUGGGAUGCCCCCUAUGGGGCCACCCAUGGGAAACAUGCCUCCAAUGGGCAAUAUGAAUCAACGCCCACCAUUUCCAGAUAAUGGUUACAAUAAAGGGCACUAUGAAAGCGGCUAUGGCAGUAACCAGUCAUAUUCUCAAGAAAAUGAAGAGUUUAAUGAAGAAGAAUCUUAUGAUCAAAAUUAUGAUGAAGAAAAUUAUAAUGGUGAAGAAGAUGGUGAAAAUGACAAUUAUGGACGAAAUCAAAUGUGGGGCGGAGGUUUCAGAGGAAGAGGUCAAGACAGAGGUAUGAACAGAGGAAGAGGUCUUGAUCGCGGAAGAGGCAUCGACCGCGGCAGAGGGCGAGGCAUGAAUGGUUUCGGGGGACGUAACAUGCGCAGAGGUGGUCCUCCUCGAGGUACAACAUGGACUCGCCGUGGCACAGGUGGCAACAGACAAUUUAGAAGAGGAGGAAAACAAAUGAAU